AAUUCGUCUCGCAUGAUACUCUGGCUCUCCUGCUUCUGGUUUUCGCCGUCGCUGUUUUCCCUUGGAGACCAUGCCGCUGAAAUGGGUUUUGCAUUGGCAACCCAAUGCAGGAACAACUGUGAACACCCAAAUCCUCAACGAGGUCUCGCAGUGCGUAGAGAGCAUAAACGGAGUUAAAGAAGGGAGGUGGAAAGCUACUCUAACCUCCUAUAAGCCCAUGGUUCGAGAACAGUCGCUAACUGCGGAAUUCCCUCGAGAUUUCUUCGGGAUUUCUCUGCCGGAGCAGCCAAACAAGUACUAUUUCAUGAUCAGGGGUCAAAGGCUCGUUGUUGAGGCGGAUUCAACAAUUCAGACCAUAAUGGAUAAACUUCAGUCUUACAAAUCGAGGGUGGCGCUUUGUUUUGAGGGGUUUCAGUAUCAACUUGGAGACUUUCAGUUGAGAGUGGGAAAGGUUGUUCCGAGUCAUUCUGAGAACUUGAGAGGAAUUGUUAUGGAGGUUGAGUAUCUUCCCAUAUCUUCAAUGGAGAAAGCAAGGCAAAUCAUGGAAGAAUUUGUUGAUAUAUGGCAAGAGGCCAUCUCAAAAAGAUCAUUACCUGGUCAUUUUAUGCAUAUAGAGCCUAAUUUUUCUGAGUACGGUCUCUUGGAUCAUUAUACUCCACAACAUACGGCUGUUCAAUAUGCUACUGUUGUGGCUCAAAUGAUUGCAACACAGACAGUGCAAGCAACAAGAAAUUAGGAAGCAGUGGACAUACUCUUCCAGUAUGCUUAUUGUAUAACUGACUUGUUUUUUGGAAGUUAAAGAAUUAAUUGAUCAUGACAUUUAUGUUCAUGUGUUGUUAGAUACUAUUGUCUUCGCCACUUUCUUAAUUUGGCCAUUUAUUUCUUUUCGUACCA